AUGUCUGGUCGACAUUCAGUUAAUCAAUUUGAUACAAAUGGAAGACCUAUUCUUCCAAACUCUCAACAAGUCCUUCAUGGUCAAAUAACAAAUAUCCAAAAUAUACCUGGAACGCAACAAUCGUCAAUGUCACUUCCUUCUAAUGCAAUCAUGCCUGGUCUUCCAAAUCAAUCUGGGAUGUUGAGGCAUUCCGUACAAAAUCCAAUUGAAGUUAUCAGACCUGGAACCACUGUUCCUGUUUCGAUCAGACAACCUGCUAACAACAGGUCUCAAAACGCUUUGAAUCCAGAGGUUCUCAUCGGUUCCGGAGCACAACAGAUGAUUCCUUUGUUAACCGAUAAUACUACUAAUAAUGUUCAAUCAAGACCUCCAACUCAAAUGCCUUCGGUCAACCAAAUUCAUGGUCGCCCACAUAAUAUUGCAUCUGGUACGACUAUUAAGCAACCUGUCGUUUCUAAUUUUAAUUCGGCUAAUCGUCCGCCACCAGCCGGGAAAAUAUUACCUCGAAACAUUCAGAGGCCUAAAAUGUUUGAAAUGCCAAAGCCUCAAUUGACUCUGAAGGCUGAAUAUAUAAUCACACCGUCUUCCAUAGUUGGCAAAAAGAAAUUGAGCGUAAUGAGGAUCAGAGGUCAAAAAGUAGAUCUCACAAAAUUAAAUGCACCUGUUAAGCUACAUAGGAGAGAUCCUGAAGCGCCUACGCAGAAUGGUGGCAUCAAUAAUCGCCAAAAUCAAAGCAUCGUGCCUGGAAACAAAUCGGCUCAAGUUUUACCACCCACUACAGGAACUGCCGAUGCAUCAUUGAUUGCUCCAUAUGCGGGUGCGAGACAAAACAAGAAAAACCUUUUCAAGAAGAAGACGACCCAAGUCUUCUUGGCUGAUCCAAAAUCAAGAGAGCUCAGAGCAGAAGAAAGUAUUCCAUGGGUAUUGGAAGACUUUGGCGGCGAAAAUACAUUCAUUGGUGACUAUAUAGGGGGUGACAGUGCAAAAUAUUGUGUCUUGCUUAAAAAGGGUGAUAAAUUUAGAUUCGUACCUGUCCAUCGAUUUUAUGAAUUUCAGCGCAAACUUAAAAUUAGGACUUUGACUAUUGAAGAAGCUGAAGAACAAAUGGCUCGGGCCAAAAAGAUGGACAAUGAUCGCUGGUUAAUGAGAAGAUUUGGUAAAGGGAAGGAAGCGGAAGAUAAUGAAGGUGGUAUUUACGAUCCAAAAUCUAGUAUUAAGACUGAUCUUCCCGACGAUGCUAAUCCACUUAUUGAUGACGAAACUAAGGAAGUGGGAAAACUUAAAGCCAAAGCUAAGCGUCCUUUCGAACUUAAUGAUCCAUCCCUAUCUGACGAAGGGGACGAACUGACUACUGAAGGGAAGCAAAUGAAAAAGUUAAUUAGAGAAUUAGAUGACAACGAUGUAUAUGAAAGUGAUCGAGAGUCAAAUCCAUAUUUCUCUGAAAGUGAUGAAUUUGACAGUGAAGGGACCUCUUCUCCUUCUUCAAAAUCUCCAUCAACUGCGGGAUCUGGUAAUAAGACUGUACAAUCUGCUAAAACCGAGAAACUUGUGGAUAAAGGAAAAGUAACAACAAUAAAAUCAAAGGCAACCAAUAAGCCCACUACUACGAAAUCCAAAAUGCCUACAGGAACAAAGAUAAAAGGCAUGGCUGAGAAGCAAACGAAGCUUAAGACUACUACCAAACAGAAACCUGUGGUCCCCAAACCACCCGCAAAUAAAGGAAAGAGUGCAACACCAGUUUCAGCUAAUGUUACAACCUCUGUUGGCUCUAAAAUAAAAGUACCUGAAAAGAACAUCAGGCAGGUUAGUGAUAUUACGUAUAAGGCUUCAGACAAAGGGAUUUCGAGUGCUACAUCAGUUCCGGGUAAAGGAGCCAUCCAGAAACAAAAGCCUACCAAGAUUGGGGCUCCAUCAUCAUCGUCUUCUUCUUUUGCUGCUACUCCCGUUUCUGCCGGCAGAUCUAAAGAAACCUCUCCUAAUCUUGGGAAAAGGUCCCUUUCUAAUGAUUCUGAGUCAAUUUCCAUUAAACGCGCACGUGUUGACGCACCUACAGAAGCAAAAAAACUUGUUAAGCCUCCUAUAAAACGUGAAGAAGAAGGUAGACCGGGUCCAUCUGGAUCGGCUGUUAACAACGUCAAGAAAUCAAAAGCUCCUACAAAGGGUUCCACUGGUAACUCCCAACAGGGAAGUUUGAUCGAUGAAAGCGAAAUUAGGAAUUUGAUUCUCACUAGGAAGGUUCGAGUUACCGAUCUGAUCUUAUCCUUUAAGAACAGGAUCAAGGAAGAUUCUCGUAAUAAAGAUCGUCUCCUUUCAAUUACAAAAGAGAUCGCGACUUACAAAGAUGGCAUUCUCGUACUGAAGGGUAGUUCAUAA